ACGUUCUCGCACGGGACUGGGGGAGAUAGGCCACACGGUUAAUGGGGUGUAGUUUAGGGAUGGGUUGCUGGGGGGAGUUGGAUGGUUGUCAUGUUCGAAAAUUUUGUACAGCUGUUGCCUUUUUUUCACAUUUUGCCUUGAGUUGUUCGGGCCGCCACAAAGAGCAGUCGAGAGGCUUCCGAAGACGCUUCCCUUUCGCGUUAGGGAAGGGGGGCGUCCUCGGGCAUUUGUUCGAAUUCAUUGCGACCAGCAAAAACGCUCUUGUGGAGAAAGCUGGUCGGCGUGGAUUUGGCUCGGCUAGGAGGAGAGGCGUCCUCAGGGGGGUCAAAAUUGCCGCGAAGUUGCCAGAGGCGCGCACAAUAAGACUGCCUGCUUACGAUUGGAUUCAAUGAGAUCCGACUGACGUUGUUAAGAGCUGGUCCUGAACUGACGUUGCGCGUCGUAAACCGUAAUACGAAAUGGAAUUAGCUGCCGAUAGAAAACGAAAUUCUGUAUUUUGCGACACUGUUGGGCAGCAGGACUCAUCUGCGAGUCCGUCGUUGCCAGAGGACGGCCAGGGCGAGACGAUCACGCUGACACAGAAGCAGCUGGAAGUGAUCAGGAGGAAUCGAGAGGAGGCCAUGCGGAAGAGGAGGGUGUAUGAACAGAAGAGAUGGUUGACGCAGAGAGGUGGGUCGCCGGCGACAGAGGUAGAGUGCGAUCGUUCUUCGAUGUUGAAGAGAGGCGGGUCUGGGACAUCUUUUCCGAAGAUUACUCAAUAUUUCAAGCCGUCGCCGACGCGUGGGGAGCGUUCGAGUCAGGAGGGGUGUUUGGAGCGUUUAGGCAGCGAUGGGGGCGUGGAGUCUGAAUCUGUGUCGGCGGAGUUGGAACAGUUGGCCGGAAAAGGUUCUAGCAGUGGGGGGCAGUUGAAUAGCGAGGCGAGGCGGCGCGCGUUGGAUGGAUUUGUGGAAGAGGGCAUGAAAGCGAAGAAGAAGGUUGGCAGCUCGUCGCACAAGAACGAUUUUGCCAGGAAUCCGGUGGACAAAUUUCUAAGGAGUCCCGCGGACGAGGGAUAUGAUUCCACGAGUCUUUGGAUACCUCCUGAAGUGUGGAGUACCUUUUCUGAGCCGAAGAGGCAGUAUUGGGAAUACAAGAAAGACCACUUUGACGAGAUCGUUUUUUUUCAACAGGGUGACUUUUAUUGUUUGUUUGCCGGGGACGCAGAUGUGGGCGUGGAGAAGUUUGGUCUGGUGUACAACCAGAAUUUGGACAGCGUGGGAGUCAAUCGACGCCAAGUAGAAGAGUGGGUGUCGAAGUUCGUGAAUCAGGGGUACAAGGUGGCGAUGAUUUCUCAGGAGAGCACGGCGAGGAGCGACGAGGAGAAGAAGAAGAAGGCACAGAGCCGAGCGACAGAGAAGAGAAAGGUGACGUGCGUGGUGAGUGCCGGAACGUAUAUAGGCGAUGAAUACGAUAAGGACGAAAAAGUGGGCGGGACGAGGUGUUUGAUGUCUGUGGUAGAUAAGGAAACGAGGGAUGGGCGAGUUGAGAUUGGUUUAUCGAUAGUUGAUGUGUCCACUUAUCGUUGGGACGUGUUUUGCUUUGAGGACGACGAUAGAAGGUCUAAGUUGGAGACGUUGGUUUUGCAAGCAAGGCCGAAGGAAGUUUUAUGGGAUAAGAAGCGAACGUCUCGAAAGACGCGGAAAGCUUUGAGUUUGGCGUUGAUGAAUGCGUGUUACAGUGAUGGGUCGUUUCCAGAGCGUCAGGACGUGUUAAAGAUACUAUCGAAGUAUUUUUCCGGGAUCGAAGAGCAAGUUUGGGAUUCUGUACCGGAUCCUAUCGUACGGUGCAUGUUGAGCGAGGACUCGACGAGUAAGUUGGCGAUGAGCUCUCUAUGCGCGGUGGCGAUCUAUUUUGGGAAGUUGGUGAGAAUCAACAACACAAAAAGCGAUCAAAUGUCGGUGACGACCUUAGAUACGGAAAUGGUUCCCAGGGCUCGGUACACCUGGAACAGCGACAAACUGUUGGAUUUCGAAGCCGAGUACAUGACGCUGGACGCCAUGACGCUUAAGAACCUGGAAAUUCUGGAGAACAGUGACGACGGAGGGACGGAAGGGACAUUGUUGUCUUUGUUGUUGAGCGGCUGUUCGACACCGUUUGGGAGACGCCGAAUGAGGAGGCGUUUAUGCCAUCCCAUGCGCCGAGUUGCGGACGUUUUGGAGGUGCAAGAGGCGGUUGGGUUCCUGUGCGAGCAUGCGUGGAUAUUGAGUGACCUCUCGAGUGACUUUCGGGGUCUGGGAGGUGAUUUGGAGAGGCUGUCCGCUCGAGUUCGUUCUAAGAACAUUUCCUUGAAGCUAUUUUUGGAUUUUGUGGAUUUGGUCGAAAAAUUGAACAAUACGGUCUCUAGAAUCAAAGGCAGCUUGAGUGAGUACGAGUUGCCUCGUUUGUUGGCGCGGUACGUGGCGGACUUCCCGGAUCAGAGUGAUUUUUUGGAUUUAUGCGGUUUCGACCGCGAGGCGGCGAGAAGGGAGGAGAAGCUGGUUCCCGGUCGAGGCGCGGACGCGAGGGUAGACGAGCUGAGGGACACGAUAGCGAGCAUUGAGCGGGAGAUUGAGGAAGAGGUGAGUCGCUUUCGAGAAAAACUAGGGGAUCAAUCGAUAUGUUUGAGGGAGGGGAAGUCGAGGUGUUUGUGGGUCACGGUGACGAGCCACGAUUUGAACGUACCGAACGACUGGCAGAAGCUGAAGGAGUCGAAAAAGAAUGCCCAAUACAGCGUGCCGAUCAUCGAUCGUCUGAAAUGCAAGUUGAACGAAUGCAACGACAGACUAGAAGAGUUGGCAAGAGAAUCUUUGGCACGUUAUGUGGAAAUGGUGAACGACCGGUUCCUGGGGUCCAUUUUAAAAUGCGUUGAUUAUGCGUCAGAGUUGGAUGUAAUACUGAGUUUUUCGAGGUACAGCGAUGGAAUACGGUCACAAGGGACGGCGUGCGUUCCCAAUUUUAUUUCGUACCGUGACGGUACAAAUCCAGUUAUUGACACAGAAAACAUGAUUCAUCCGUUCGCUCGUCCGGCGCUCGGAAGUGCAUUUGUGCCCAAUGACUUGAAGCUAGGGGGAGACGUGGCGCCGACUAUGGUCGUUAUGGGCCCCAACAUGGGCGGAAAGAGCACACUGCUCCGUCAGGUUUGUAUUUUAGUUAUUAUGGCCCACCUCGGUUGUAUGGUUCCUGCAAGCAGGUUCGACUUAAGUCCAGUAGACCGCAUAUUUACUCGCAUUGGCGCUAGUGACAACUUACUGGCCAAUCAAAGUACAUUUCUUAGAGAAUUGCAGGAGACUGCGUCUGUUUUAAAAUCAGCAACUCGUCACUCGCUUGUCAUUCUUGACGAGCUCGGAAGAGGAACGUCCACUUUUGACGGCUAUUCCAUUGCCUAUUCUGUAUUGCACUAUCUGUCAUCCUUUGGAUGUCGCUUGCUAUUCUCUACUCAUUACCACCGCUUGGUGCUUGACCUCCGCCUUAAAAGCGUCCCAUUCCAAUGUGUACACAUGGCGUCUCACCAAUCUAACGGGUCACUCGUUUUCUCUUACAGACUCUCUACUCUGCCGUGUCUUCACAGCCUUGGGUUGGAAGUCGCCGCUAUGGCCGACCUCCCCGUGCGCCUGCUCGAACACGCCAACGAAAUGGCCGAUCAGCUCGACAUGCUCACCGCCAAACACUCAGGGCAUUGUCGGCACGCUCUUCAAGCGACAGCUCUUCGCUCGACUCUGUCGGAGCCGUCGCGAAGGUUGCAAGACCCCGUUCAUUUUGACUAUGCCGUCGACGAGCUCAAGCGUAUUUGGCGACAAACGAGGAGAAAUUUCGCCUAAAUUUCCGAUUUUUUAUUACGAUGCAUCCACGGAGCGCACGCGUGACAUGGAGCGAAAGGGGGCACCUCGAAAAAAGGGGGCGUUUGCGAAUGAAUAUACUCAAAUCGACAGAAAAUGCUGAACAAA